AUGAACCGGGCUCAGCGCGGGGCCGCGGGCAGCCGCGGCCUGGGCACCAUGGAGGUGAAGAGCAAGUUUGGGGCAGAAUUUCGACGAUUUUCUCUGGAGAGAUCCAAACCUGGCAAGUUUGAGGAGUUCUAUGGAUUAUUGCAGCACGUGCACAAGAUCCCAAACGUUGAUGUUCUGGUGGGAUACACAGACAUUCAUGGAGACCUGCUGCCUAUCAAUAACGAUGACAAUUAUCACAAAGCAGUUUCUACAGCUAAUCCUCUACUCAGGAUUUUCAUUCAGAGAAAAGAAGAUGCAGACUACAGUGCCUUUGGGACAGACACCAUGAGCAGGAAGAAGAACGUCUUAUCCAACGUGCUACGUCCAGAUAACCACAAGAAGAAGCCCCACAUUGUGAUCAGCAUGCCCCAGGACUUCAGGCCCGUGUCGUCCAUCAUAGACGUGGAUAUUCUGCCCGAGACGCACCGCAGGGUGCGGCUCUACAAGUACGGCACCGACAAACCCCUGGGCUUCUACAUCCGCGACGGCUCCAGCGUCAGGGUCACCCCGCACGGCCUGGAGAAGGUGCCGGGCAUUUUCAUCUCCAGGCUGGUCCCCGGGGGGCUGGCUCAGAGCACGGGCCUGCUGGCCGUCAACGACGAGGUGCUGGAGGUGAACGGGAUAGAGGUGUCAGGGAAAAGCCUGGAUCAGGUUACGGACAUGAUGAUCGCAAACAGCCGCAACCUGAUCAUCACGGUCAGACCCGCCAACCAGAGGAACAACGUGGUGAGGAACAGUCGGACUUCGGGCAGCUCCGGCCAGUCCACCGAGUCCAGCCUUCCCAGCAGCACCCCCAACAUUCUGGGCAAUCUGCUGCAAGGAGAGGAGGAGAGCGAUGAGGAGGACAUUAUUAUUGAAGACAGUGGUGAGCCACAGCAGAUCCCAAAAGCUGCACCCACCAGCGAAAGCAUAGAAUCCUUAUCUCAAAUUGAACUCCUCCACGGGUCCACACAAAAUGGAUUCCUUCCUUCCAGUGAGAUGAACUUGAAUCACUCAGCAGGCAGCAUUAGCGUGGAGCAUGAAGUACCGGAGCCGGGGCGCAAGUCCUUAGAAGAAGAUGGAACCAUAAUAACACUAUGA